AGCAAAAUUGCACAAACUUAUUUAUGAUUUCUUCAAAUGCCUUCUAAUGUGAUGUUAUCAAUCACAAAAAUCGUUAAAGAUCAGUGGAAUGAAACAUAAAUUAACGCUGUUCCACAUUACCUCAAGAUAUGCAGAUUGCCUUCUUAUUGCAUCUGAUCUUGAUCAAGGUUUUAUUUACUCUGGGCCAGGAAUACGCAGAUGACGAUGAAGACCUUGUAGGAUCAGGAUCUGGGGAUAUACUUCCAGACGAACCAGGUGUUUGUGGUUAUGGUUAUAUUGUGGACCCUAGUUUACCGCAGAGUUGCCUAAAAGGCGCAAAAGUUCAUGUUGCAAUGAUAUUUGACAAAGAUUUCGACGACGAACUGUUGAACGAGGAGUCAGAGACAUAUAAACGAGAAAAAAGUUCAUACGAAGAGACGCUGUUCACAAUAUACAGUGGAACAAUUGCCAAUAUUAUAUCUGUCAGAGUGACGGCUUUGAAACCAGGGUCAGUUAUCGUUGAGCAUGAAGUCAAUCAAUAUCUCCAGGACAAAGUCGAUUUGAGUCAGGCCACGACGAGAUUAAUUAACCAAGUUACAGAAAUUGGGAGCGAUCCAGCUACAAGAAAACAUUUCCAAAUUUCAUCCGUUGAAGUGUUUCCUGUGAAAAAUGAGAAAAAAGUUCUAAAUUGGAAACGCUCUUACAGGGUGAAAUUUGUGCUAGACAGCAAUUUGGGCGGGGCAGGUCUACCAGACGAAAAAGCACUGCAAGCAAUCCAGAAAUAUCUUUCGACUUUACGGCCAAAAGGCAAUUUCGUCAGUGAUCCGUUUUAUGCGACUAGAGACAGGCUGAAGGACACUGUGACAGUGUAUGGUCUGUUGCAACUGCCCGAAAAUGCUCCAUUAACCGACUACCAGGUGGAAGCUAGGCGCAGCAAUCUCUACUUCUAUGAAAUCAACGAGUUGCCCCCCAGUACCAAUAUCAAGGACCCCUCACUCGGAACAACACCCGUUCCAGACGACCCAAAAAGCCCAAACAAGGGUGGACUCUUGGGGAACCCGGCGAUUCUAGCGGCCAUUAUAUCCGGAGUUCUAGCCGGUGUUUUCUGCUUGGUGCUAAUUGCAGUUUUCAUCAUUUGCCGCAUGCGCAAACGAGACACGGGGUCAAUUGAACUGGAAAUGACCAAAGAUGUCCCCCCUCAUCUGAAUUUGAAUGGGAAUGGGGGAGCUGAUCCCAGAAAUAUGUAUAUGUACAACAAACCUGCAUGUCGCGAAAUUUACGCUUAAUUAUUUCUCCGAAGAAAAAGAAGAAAAUGAACUAAGUUGGAAAAAAUAGUUGUUGUCUUUUCUCCAAAACAAGUAACCUAUUUGAUGUUAAACGCACAGAAUUUUAAUACAGUUUAGCCAUUUUAUGUUAUUUUUUCCUGGGGGAUUUUAAAAGAUAAAUUAAUUUGGAAUCAAGUUCGGUUUAAAUCCAAUUUUUGAAACCUGGAUACAAAUAAAGAAAAAGACUUGAAUCCUUUUUUCCGAAAUGAUUUAUUAUACAUGCUUAAAACUCUUUCUUUAAAAUUUUUUUUAAACCUUACUUAAAUUCUCUUAAGUUCGUCACUGAUUUUUGAUUUUGAAAUUUGACUCAAAUUCGAACGAUUCAUGUUAUGACUUGACUUUUUGACGGCUUUUGGAGCCCCUCCCCACCCCAGAACAAGUUUCAACUUCGGAACUAAUUUAGUUUUAUAUUAACACUGCCUAUGUUUUGAGUAGCACUAAGUCGCUAGAUUUCAAUCAUGUUUAAUUGCAAAUUUAACGAACCCAUAACUAAAGUAGGGGCUAAAGUUUGAUUCAAAUUUAGUGUCAUUUGAUUUAUAUUUAUGAAAAAAGCCAAUUCAGAAGUUGGAUUAAUAUACACCGAAAUUGCUUAAAAUUAAUUUCAAUAACCAAUUUUAAAUUUCUGACAGAAUUUACUGAAAUUCGAGUUUAUAGUUUUCUUUUUCGUAAAUUUUAUUUUGUGCUAUAUGUGUAUAUAGAGUAAUUAAAGUUUCAAACCCACAA